AUGAGUUAUUUUCGUUGGUUAAGGCUUAAUUCAUUUCUUGUGAAAUUCACGCGAAUGUCAUUGAAUGACAUUGUCGCAAAUUUAAAAGAGGAUAAAUCAGCAACAACCUCAAACGAAAUUCUUGAUUCAAGUGCAUUUCAAAAGCCAGUUUUAUCUCCAGAAAGCACAAAAGAAUUAUUAAAUGCACAUUUCAAUAUUGAUUCAUAUUCUGAAAGCAUGAAUGAAUCUUCAAAAAUUGAAGUAUUAAGUACUUCAAACUAUGACUCAUGGUCAGAACAAAUUGAAGCAAUUCUUAAUCAAAAGAAAUGUUGGCUUGAUUUAGAUGGUGCGGAUGCAGCAAAAGCUGACUAUGCUGCCACUGCUAAGAAAGCGUAUUUCGAGAUCGUUGUUCGAUGUGACAGUCAACAUACUCAGUUCAUAAAGUCCGUCGCAAAAUACGAUUCAGUGAAAGCACUAAAUGCACUUCGCGAUAAAUAUGAAGGAAAAGGCUUGAUCUCUAGAAUUGGAAUUCUACAAAAAUGUCUUCUCAUGCGCCAUCAACAAGGAACAAUAGAAAAGCACAUUGAUGAUUUACGAACCAACUAUCAACUGCUGAAGAAAAAAGGUUUAACAAUUGAAACAAUGCAAGUUGCUAAUCUGAUGAUUACAUUACCUUCUGACUUCGGAAGUGUUCUUGCAAAUUUUAUCAACGUCGACGAAAAAGAAUUAAAUUUCGAAGACGUAGCAAGUGCAAUCCUAGUUGAACAAAACCGAAGAUCAAUUAUUGAAGGAUAUGAUGUCAAUGCAUCAGCAGCAUCAUUUAAUCGUUUCGAUAGAAAGAAAUUAUUGAAGUGCACGCGUUGUGGAAAGAAAGGACAUUUGACAGAAUCUUGUGCACAACAGUCAAGCGUCACACAUCAGCCAAACAUCAGCUGCACCUUUUGUGGAAAAAAGAACCACCAGGCUUCCAGAUGUUUUAAGAAAUUAAAUGAGAAUAAUCGUCAAAAUCAAAUGCAAUCAUCUCAUUUCACAUCAAUCAACAACGAAGACAACAAAAACAAUGAAACGUCGAUGUAUGCAAAUCCUUAUCACAAAGCAUUUGUAGCUUCAUCAGCUUCGAUCAAUUCUUCAUUACAAAAUAAACGAAGAAGUGUUUUCAAUCGUCUUUCGUCAGUGAUUGAAGAUGAAGAUGUUAUGAAAAAUUUUUCAAAAAUAACAAUGAACGGCGAUAAUACAAUGAUCAAUCAGACUUCGAAAAGGCAACGGGAAGUUAAUGAAUCAAGUGNACAUGCUCUUUUAUGUACCAAAUAUGUCAAAAGAGACAAUGAUGGCUAUAUUUAA